GGUGCUGCUCUCUCCUCCUCCCACAGACGGACAGACACCUCAACUUUAGCGGAGCGACUCGAGCCGCCGCCGCUGAGCCCCGGCAGCCUCCAGCCACCGGGAGGAAGCGAACAAGCUAGCCUUGUCGGAGCACCGAACCGCACCGCCCGCAGUCCCGGAUAUCGUCUGAAUCGAAGCGGAGAGUCGUGACCAGCCGUUCCAGUUCCCAUUAAAAAUGUCUAUAUUACCGUUCACUCCUCCGAUUGUGAAGCGGCUCCUGGGCUGGAAGAAAGGGGAGCAGAACGGCCAGGAGGAGAAAUGGUGCGAGAAGGCAGUCAAAAGUCUGGUGAAGAAGUUGAAAAGGACGGGGCAGCUGGACGAGCUGGAAAAGGCCAUCACAACACAGAAUAUCAACACGAAAUGCUUAACCAUACCCAGGUCUCUAGAUGGCCGGCUGCAGGUUUCCCACAGGAAAGGUCUUCCUCAUGUGAUCUACUGCCGCUUGUGGCGCUGGCCAGACCUGCAGUCCCACCAUGAGCUGAGGGCGGUCGACCACUGUGAAUUUGCCUUCCACACCAAGAAAGAUGAAGUGUGUGUGAAUCCGUACCACUACCAGAGGGUGGAGACGCCAAUUUUGCCUCCUGUCCUUGUGCCACGACAUACCGACAUCCCCGCUGAAUUCCCACCGCUGGAUGACUACAGCCCUUCCAUCCCUGAAAACACCAAUUUCCCCGCAGGCAUUGAGCCCCAGAGUAAUUAUAUUCCUGAAACUCCCCCACCAGGUUACCUGAGUGAAGAUGGUGAGACGAACGAUCACCAGCUCAACCACAGCAUGGACACAGGUUCACCCACCCUGUCACCCAACCCUGUGUCACCCGCAAACAGCAAUCUUGAUUUACAACCCGUGACGUACUGUGAAUCGGCCUUCUGGUGCUCGAUCUCCUACUACGAGCUGAACCAACGUGUGGGAGAGACCUUCCACGCCUCGCAGCCUUCGCUCACAGUCGACGGAUUCACCGACCCCUCCAACUCUGAGCGCUUCUGCCUGGGCCUGCUGUCCAAUGUCAACCGCAACUCUGCAGUGGAGCUCACACGCAGGCACAUAGGUCGGGGUGUGAGGUUGUACUACAUCGGAGGAGAGGUGUUUGCAGAGUGUCUCAGCGACAGUGCCAUCUUUGUACAAAGUCCCAACUGCAAUCAGCGAUACGGCUGGCAUCCUGCGACUGUGUGCAAAAUCCCUCCAGGCUGUAACCUCAAGAUCUUCAACAACCAGGAGUUUGCCGCUCUGCUCGCUCAGUCGGUGAACCAGGGCUUUGAGGCCGUCUACCAGCUCACCAGGAUGUGCACCAUUCGCAUGAGUUUUGUGAAGGGUUGGGGAGCUGAAUACAGGCGCCAGACGGUGACCAGCACCCCCUGCUGGAUAGAGCUUCAUCUCAACGGCCCCCUGCAGUGGCUGGACAAGGUCCUCACGCAGAUGGGCUCUCCCAGCAUUCACUGCUCCAGUGUGUCCUAGAGGGACCCCUCGCUCCCCAGCAGAACCCGCACAUCCUCAUCCACACACUCAAAAACUAGAACCACAUAGGAAAACCAGAAACUUUCUCAGUAGCUGCGUUUACAUGGUCACUUCUCUGUCGAUCGGAAUUCUUUCCAUUUCUGAGAUCAGACUUUCCUAUUUACAUAAACACGGAAGUCAGUGAUGGGACUGGUGUGCAGGUUUAUGGAAUACUGUCUGAUUCAGUCGGUGGAUCAGACGAUCACUGUUUGUGAUCCCACAUUCAGCUUUACUCAGAAGCCCACCAGCAUUGAGGAUGGAUUUGUUUGUUCAACAAGUGCGUUAUGUUUCUCUGUGUUCCUUUUGAAACUUUAACACCAGAGAAACAUUUCCCGUAUGCAAAAUAUGAUCAGGAUAACACCGCAUCGAUUUCUUCAAACGAUGUGUGGACUGUCCCGUUGUCACGUUGCAUAACAAAUAUGCACACAAAACUCCAAACAGUGGGAAGCGAUCCACUGUGCAGUUUACAUAAACUCUGACCAGGGUUCCUACAACCUUCUCUGAAUUAAUUGUAAUUUCAAUCUGAACCGACGGAAGAACUUGCUUGAGGAAGCUUUUAUUCAGAUUGGCAUUUAAUUGGCUUACUUACGGUCCAUGUAGCCGCAGCUACUCAUGCUAAAGGAAAGAUGCACCAUUCAUAAAGCCAUUAAAACCACCUUCUCCCUCACUGUGUGACAUUUCUCAUCACAUGGGUAGCACUUUUUAAAUACCACUUGGUCUCCGUUGGAUGGUUAUUUUAGGACUUGUACAUUCUGUCAUUAUGAUGCCACACAGGACGUUUUGAAGGGAAAAAAAAAUGUUUUUUUCUUUUGAUUCAUUCAAACUCUUGUGUUUUAAUGCUGUAGUUUUUCUUUGUGUUUUGUAUUUCAUCAAGAAAGCAGGAAUGUUUGUUGGCUUAGUUGAAGUAAUGGUACUAUUUCAGCUCGACCAUUGUCUACACGUUUCAGAACAUUUUUGAUUCUAUGAAUUAACCAAGAUAAUGAAUACUCUUCCAUCAUUGAUGUUUCAGUGUGUUAGGCCCACUGUUUAUAAUCUCUGAAAUGGGAGUCUUAUUUAUCCACUCACUUAACAUGCAAAGUGUUAUUCUCUCUCGUGAUUUAAUGGAAUAUAUUGAAUUAAUAUUUUAAGUACAAGGUACUUUGCCCAUAUUCUUUCAUCUACAUUGUUGAAAACAUAAAUUGAUCACUUAAUUGGUAUUUUAUCUAUUUUAAGAAAAA